AUAUGGGGUGGUUAAGGGUAAAAGAGGUGUGUAUUUUGGUGUUGGUGCAAAUGGUGCUGGUGCAGUGCCAAGAGAUUGCUGUAAAUGAUUAUAAUGGAAUCAACAUGAGUCAGCUUAGUGAUCCAACGGUGAUGAAUCAGUUCACCAACAUAGUUUACAAACGUCUCUCCACCCUCACUGAGCAUCUCAUGAACUCUCAGAUUGCUCAAAAGGCCACGUUCUGUAUUACAGACCAGGAAGAGGAGUGGAAUAAGUCUUUUAACUAUUCCUCUAAUCUGGAUUUCUUGUCCAAAUGCAUUGCUCAAACUCAAGGAGAUUUGCCCAAGAGGUUGUGUACAGCAGCAGAGCUGAAGUUCUACUUCACAAACUUCAUUGCUAGCAAGAAAUCCGCAGUUUCUUUCCUUAAACCAAACACAAACUGUAACUCAACGACAUGGGUUUCGGGCUGUGAGCCCGGGUGGGCUUGCAGUUCGGGCCUUAGUCAGCCCAAUUUCACGGACUCUCAAGAGAUGCCGGCCCGGACUUCUAACUGUCAGUCUUGCUGUGAGGGCUUCUUCUGCCCUCAGGGCCUCACUUGCAUGAUACCUUGUCCGUUGGGUUCCUACUGCCCCCGAGCCACACACAAUGCCUCGACUGGACUAUGUGACCCAUAUAUGUACCAGUUACCUCCAGGAUAUCAAAAUCAUACUUGUGGAGGGGCUAAUAUUUGGGGAGAUGUUAACAGAGGCGGUUCCAUGUUCUGUUCUGCAGGAUCGUAUUGCCCAACGAACACACAAGAAAUACCAUGUGCUGGCAGGCAUUACUGCCUAAUGGGAUCUACUUCUGAGAAACCUUGCUACAGGUUGACAUCGUGCGAUCCCAACUCACAUAGGCAGAAUAUAAGCCAAUAUGGAGCAAUGUUGAUUGUUGGCAUUAGUGUCAUUCUGUUCAUCUUCUACAACUGUUAUGAGCAAGUCAUCACAAUCAGGGAAAAGAGGCAUGCUAGAUCAAGGGAGACUGCAGUGAAAAGUGUCAAGGAAAACGCUCGUGCACAAGCACGAUGGCUAGCUGCAAAGGACACAAUUGCUAGGAGAGCCCGUGAGGUGUCCCGUUCAUUUUCACACAGAGUUGUUCACCCUCCAAUACAUGAGAUUGAAGAGCAUCAUGAUAGUUUUGAAGGUGUGGAUCCGGAGACUGGAGAAAGGGCGAGGAAGAAGAAGGUGAAGGCGAAACAUAUUGGGAAAGAUACUCAAAUGUUCAGAUACGCUUAUUCUCAGAUCGAGAAGGAGAAGACUCAAGAGCAACACCACAAAGAUGCUUCGACCUUCUCUGCAGUGAUUUCAAGUGCAAUGGAUGCUGGGGUGAGUACAAGGCCUACAAUUGAGAUUGCUGUCAAAGAUCUCACAGUGACGUUGAAGCACAAAAAGAGGCAUCUUUUAAGGUCUGUCAACGGGGAAAUCCUGCCCGGUAGGAUCACUGCUCUCAUGGGGCAAUCUGGGGCAGGAAAAACAACUCUUCUAUCAGCAUUGGCUGGAAAAACAGUAGGAUGCUCAAUAACAGGCUUGGUUCUGAUAAACGGGAAGGCGGUAUCGAUAGCCUCGUACAAAAAGAUCGUUGGAUUCGUGCCACAGGAUGAUGUUGUGCAUGGGAAUUUGACAGUGGAAGAGAAUAUCUGGUUCAGUGCCAAUUGCAGGCUUUCAGCUGAUUUACCAAAAGCAGACAAAGUGCUUGUUGUUGAAAGAGUGAUCGAGUCCCUCGGGCUGCAGCCAGUGCGCAACUCCUUGGUUGGCACUGUGGAGAAACGAGGCAUCUCCGGAGGGCAGAGAAAGCGUGUGAAUGUGGGACUGGAGCUAGUGAUGGAACCUUCACUCUUGUUCCUAGAUGAACCAACCUCCGGAUUGGACAGCUCGUCUUCUCAGCUCCUUCUCAGAGCACUCAGACGUGAAGCUCUUGAAGGGGUAAACAUUUGCUUGGUUGUCCACCAACCAAGUUAUUCCUUGUUCAAUAUGUUUGAUGACUUGAUACUUCUAGCUAAGGGGGGCCUCACUGCCUACCAUGGGGCAGUUAGUGAUGUCGAGCAUUACUUUGCAAACCUCGGUAUCAGAGUCCCGGACCACAUCAAUCCACCAGACUACUUCAUAGAUGUUUUGGAAGGAAUGGUGAAGCCACAAACUAGCUCAGGUGUAAGUGUAACGUAUGAAGAGCUUCCUCUGAGAUGGAUGCUCCACAAAGGCUACCCCGUUCCACCCGAUAUGCAAAGGAACACCUCUGAAGAUGGUGUGUCUGCAAUGCAUGGUACUUCAGGAAAUCAAGAAAAUCACAGCACUGAGCAUCUAUCUUUUGGGGGGGAGCUCUGGCAGAAUCUGAAAUACAGAGUGGAGGCUCAGUUUGAUGUAAUACGACACAACUUCCUCAAGUCGCAUGACUUGUCUAGGAGGAGAACUCCACGUGUUGUUGUGCAGUAUCGUUACUUUGUUGGAAGGAUAGCUAAGCAACGCCUUCGAGAAGCUAGAAUCCAAGCCAUAGACUAUCUCAUAUUGCUGCUUGCUGGUGCCUGUUUGGGGCUGAUUGCUAGAUCAGGUGAUGAAAGCUUUGGCAUGGGAGGUUAUACCUACACCAUUAUAGCUACCUCUCUAUUGUGCAAGAUCGCAGCUCUGAGAACGUUCUCUCUGGACAAGUUGGAGUACAGGAGGGAACGGGCUUCGGGCAUCAGCAGCCUUGCACAUUUUGUAGCUAAGGACACAAUAGACCAUUUCAACACACUCAUCAAGCCAUUGGUGUACCUAUCCAUGUUUUACUUCUUCAGCAAUCCAAGAUCGACCUUCCUAGACAACUACAUCGUCUUGCUUUGCCUCGUGUACUGUGUAACAGGAAUAGCUUACACAUUGGCCAUUUUCCUAGAACCCGGUCCAUCUCAGCUGUGCUCUGUGCUUUUACCAGUAGUUUUGACUCUCCUCUCAACUCAGCCUAAAGACAGCCAAUUUAUGAAGAUUUUGACAAAUAUGUGUUAUCCAAGCUGGGCUUUAGAAGCAUUCAUUGUCUCAAAUGCUAAGAGCUAUCACGGAGUAUGGCUCAUACAACGGUGUGGUGCACUUCUCAAAGCUGGCUAUAGUCUCCAUGACUGGAAUCUUUGCAUAUCACUUCUCAUGGCUACAGGGGCAGCUUGCCGCGCUUUAGCUUUCUUCGGUAUGUUAGUGUUACAGAAGAAGUGAGUUCAAGAAUGUUGCAUAGGCAAUGGUAAAACCAAGUUGAUUUUGGGGUGCCUCUGAAUAUCGAUCCGCGAAGAAAUCAUCGUGAUGUUGAGCCAGCUUAGAUCAGAAAAUCACACAUACAAUCUGGUCAUGGCUUUGAGAUGAAUCUGUCUUGUAGAAAUAGCUUAUUUCCUCCUUAUACAUUCUUUCCUGUUUAUAUACCAAAUAAAAUUAUACAAUAGUACUUGAAGAUGA